AUGAGACUCAAAGAAGUGACUAAAGCAGAACACGGCAGCCAUGACAACGAGGUGAUCAGGUUCAUCAACAGUGAAAUCCUCAUGAAUGGGGGCACCCCAGAUUUCUAUGUGACCUUCUGCUCAUGGCUCUGGAAUGAAGUAGAGGAUUGGCUUUGGGCUGUCCUGGCUGACCCUCAGGUGCCGUGAGCUCUCAAGAUAGCCUGCACCUGGAGUGCGCUGGCCUUGAGCGUGUGUGUGGCCGCAAGGCAGAGGGACCAGCAGGUACCCUGAGUCCACUGGUUGCAGGAGCAGGUGGAAGAGUGUGAGGUGGCUUCCUGGACUCUGGCUUCCCAGCUGCAGCGGCUACUUGAGGAGUGUGAGGAGAUAGCCUUGCAGCUAUGUAGCACUCUGGCCUCCCUGCGCCAGGUGACGGAUGUGUUGCGCGGUCGAUUGCUCCAGAUAGAGAGGUCUGCACAGGCCAACCCACUGCCUCAGGAGGCUGUGCCUGUACCGGAAACCCAACAGUGUGGAGCUGCAGCAUGGCCCAUGGAUGCACAGGAACAGGGCAAGAUGGUGGCUACAGAGAUGCAGAGCAUAGCACACUUGAGGACCCAGAUGGCAGCCCCAGCAGCUGUGCUUUACAUGUCAGGAUCCCCAAGUCCCUGGGUCCAAGCUAUACAACAACCUCUGCCAAUGCCACAUCCAUUCCCAUUCCAUGUGCCAUUCCCAAUGGGAUUCCCAUACUCAAUACCUCUACCACCCUCAGUAGUCAUGGAAGCAGAAGCUACAGCAGCAGCAACAGCAGCAGCAGCAGCAGCAGCAGCAUGUGUACCCCAGAUGCCUCCUCUGAGAAUUUACUCACCUGGUCUGUGGGUUGCAGUAGGGGCCCAGGAGGAGAUGGCCCAUCCAUGUGACCAGAGAUGCUAUUGCCAGUGGGAAUAUCCUGAGACUAUACAGGGAGACUGUCCCCUGGGAGAAAGCACAAACCGUAACCAAGUGGAAGGUCCUAUCUGUCCCCAGGGGAUAACUUUCCUGGGUGACAUCUGAGGACAGAACCAGAAGGAAUGUCCAGUAAUGCUCCAGGAGAAGUACUCUCUGGGAAACAGCAAAAGCCACAGUCAAGAAGAAGAUCCAGUGAAGUCCCAGGGGAUGACCCCUCUAGGGGACAGCGAGAGCUACAGCCAAGAAGAAGAUACAGACAAGAGCCACAGCCAGGAAGAAGGUCUAGUGAUGUCACCAGGAAUGGCACCCCUGGGGUAUGGCAAAAGCCACAGCCAAGAAGAAAGUCCAGUAAUGCCGCCCCCCCCCGGGAAUGGCAAGAGCCACAGCCAAGAAGAAGAUCCAGAAAGGUCCCCAGGGAUAACUCCUCUGGGGAACAGCAAGAGACACAGCCAGGAAGAAGGUCCAGUGAUAUCCCAGGGGCCAUUCCCCCUGGGGAACAAUAGCCACAGCCAGAAAGAAGGUCCAGUGACAUCCCUGGGAAUGUCUCCCCUGGGGAAUGGCAAGAGCUACAGCCAAGAAGAAGAUCUAGUGAAGUCACCAGGAAUGUCACCUCUGGGGAAUGGCAAAAGCCACAGCCAAGAAGAAGAUCCAGUGACGUCCCUGAGGAUGUUCCCCCUGGGGAACGUCAAGAGCCAUAGCCAAGGCGAAGGUCUACUGAUGCGCCAGGAGAAGUACUUCUUGGAGAACUGCAAAGGCCAUAGCCAAGAAGAAGGUCCAGUGAUGUCCCAGGGAACAUCCUCCAUGGGAAACAGCAAGAGUCACAGUCAAGAAAGUCCAGAGAGUCCCCAGGGGAUGUCCCCUUUGGGCGACAGCAGGAGCAGUGGUUUGAGAAAUAGACCAAAGAAAUGA